AUGAGUGAAAUCGCUGCCAAAAUAAAGGAAAACUACAAUUCAAAAUGGCAAGUAAGUUCUUAUCACUAAAAUAAUCAUUCAAAUCGUGCCUUAAUUAUCCCAAUCUAAUAAUAUCGGUCUAGAACUCAAAUUUAUCUAGAAAACCAUACCAAUAUUCACUUCUAGGUAUUCACAGUAAGCGAAGCGUCUAGUUUCCUUUACACAGGGCGAGUUGAAAGGCACACUUUGAACGAGAACCAAAUAUACCAAUGGCAGAAGGACGUUCUCAAAACGAUACAACAAUUGGAAAGCGUGUAUGACAAUAUUGCUGAUCAUGAGGUAAGAAUAACUACUUACUGCAAAUAGUCCAGAAGCUUCUACAGAAGUAUUAAGUCGUUCAAAUAAUUCUGUGUCCCUAACCUUGAAAAUUUGCUUUGAGAGGGAGCACAGAAUUAUUUAAAAAACCUAAUAUCACAUAAAAUUUAUGUCAAUUCUACUGGUUGUCAAUCAAGUAAUGCUACCUUAGACUGCUCGCCAUACCCUGAUAAUCUGUGACAGAGGUGGUAUGGAUCCAAAGGCUUACACUCCUGGAGAAGACACCUGGAACAAGAUCCUCGAAGAGCUACAAACUGAUGAAAAACAGCUAUUAGAACGUUAUCAUAUUGUUAUUCAAAUGCACACGGCCCCAAAGUAAGCUUUCAUAAUCAUUGCAAAGGUCUUUGCUAUAUAAACAACCAAAAAAAAUUACAAAGUAAACCCAACACGCAAACGUAAUUAACUUGUAGAGAAUUCUACUCUACAGUAAACAACCCGUAUCGACGAGAAAACUAUGACGAAGCUGCUGAAAUUAACCAAAAAUACGAAAAACUGUGGAGAAAUCACCACAACUUCCAUUCAGUCGAUAACUUUGACGCCCGUGAUCAACAGGAUGGCUGGGCAAAGAAGUCAAAGCAAGUAUAUCAACAUAUCAAGAACAUAAUCGAUGAAAACUAA